UGUGUUCUCAAUUGUCAUUUUUGAGAACGAUUGCGUGAGUUAGUAGAGCUGUUUGGAACACAGCCUUUGUUAUUGUGCCACUCCCAUUAAUAUUACGAAUGCAGCAGCUGUAUGUUAAUAAUAAGUGAUAAUGCUGAGGUACUGGGGAUGGACGAAGAAUUGCCCGUCAACUGGACAUUCCACGGAAAGCAGUGGAAGUAUCGGGGCGAGGGAAAUGCUAACCUCGUGAUUGCUGUGCCUCAGGAACGCAAGGUGGUGCGGUUCCGCAAGUCGGAGGACCCGUGCGCCCGCGACGUGGAGCGGGAGGUGAGGCACAGGAUCGGCCUGGAGGUGGAGUUCUGCCGGCGGGUGAUGAGGCCCCUGAUGGGCGACUGCUUCGUGCAGCAGUUGUCCAUGGCGUACGUGGAGCCGCCCGAGAGGCAGGAGCUCGCGACGCAGCUGCGCGCCGUUCGUCCAGCUCAUCGCCUCCACAAGGACAUCUGCGGCAGCCACGUGGCGGUGUGUCUCGACUGCUCCAUGCUGCCUUCGCACCUGACCGUGUCUUUGCGCCAGCCGACCUUCUGCGUGGAGCUGAAGCCCAAGCAGGGUUGGAUCGCAGUGCCGGACCGAGUCCUGCCCAAGUGCACCUUCUGCCUCAAGCAACACCUCAAGCUGAAGAAAGGCAUUAUCAAAUCUCAUAGCAAGUACUGCCCAUUAGAUUUGUUCUCAGGAAACCACAAGAGGAUGAAGGGGGCUUUGAAGGCACUGCUCGCAUGUCCUCAGAAUAACCUUAGGAUAUUUCAGGAUGGGACACUGGUGUAUGGCGAAGAUAAAAGUGGGAUGCUUGAAAAUGUAUUGCAGAAAUGGCUAGGGAAUGCCUCACACUUCACUAACACACAAAGGUUGGUGGAGAAGUUCUGUCACUUGAUGCUAGCUGCACUGACGCGGGAAGUGUGCAGCCAGAGGCAGGUGCCCGCGAGCGAGGCAGGGGUGCCCCAGCUGCCUCCCGGGCACCUGCCUGCACCGCUGGUGGACGCGGUGGCGGCACUGGCGUCAUGCGAGCCCUGCGACUGGUCAGCGGCGCCACUGCCGCCAGGCUGCGUGCUGUCGAGCGUGCUGGAGGUGCAGAGGCUGGACCAGGGGGGGCUGCAGGCGGCGCUGGAUGCCCGGCCGCGAGCCGCCCCUCAGCACGCCUACCUCGAGGGGCUGCUCUCCGACCUGGGCCCGCUGCAGCGCUAUCUGCUGGCAGCAUCCGCUCGGGACUGCUCCAUCAUGGUGGCCUUCCAGAGCCUGCCCGCCACAUUUACAGGUCACAUACCAACAGCACACAUUAUACGUGAGAUGCCUGGGCGAGAAUACGUGUUCAAUGUGCAAGUGCUGGACCUCGAUCCGAAGCCUCUGUCAUGCAUCGACAAGAAGUUGAAGCGAGACCUGGACAUUUUGAACGUGUGCGUUGAUGUCCUCGGCUCCGUGCAGUUGCCGUGCAAUCAGUUGAAUGGGAAGGAUUGAUUGUCGGUCAUUGUGGCAUGGAAAGCUGGCUCGUCAGUAAAGUAGUAUUUGUCACUUACAGAUCAUUGCUAUUGCUGUCAUUACUUUUGAAAUUGUAUGUACAUAUUUAUAAGCAGACAUUGUUCCUGUUUACUGCAUUUACUCAAAAUAAGACCAAAAUAAAUUUUAAACUUUUUAUGUAUGUUGUUGCGACAUCAGUUGUAUGAGCAACAAAAUAUUAGUACAAGUUUUCAGCGUUAAUUGAAAAUUUGUGUUUUGUUUAGUUUCUUUUAUAACAUCUUUUUAGUAGAAAUGAAAUGAAACCCUUGCCUAUACUUGCAUGGAAAGGUUUUUCAUAAUGACUUUAAUUUAUUAUUUUAGCUAUGUUAUUUCAGUGAAGUCUCUAUUUCCUUGAAAAAAGUACGUAAGUAUGAAUAUUCAUAGGCUCGUCCUUAUGGAAACAAGACAAACUGAAAGAAAUGUCCUGGUGGUGAUGUUUUCCUGGUUGGCUUGUGCUUCCAUGGGUGGUGAGAGAAUGUGGUUGCUGCAGUCUCAGUCAGCACGAGGGAGGGGAUGCAGUGAAGCGCUGGAGAUGGAGGUCGCAAGCUACCGUAAGAUGCUGUUAACUCAUUGAUCUGUACUUCAUUGAAUGUCCACACAACAAUGAUACCUCCCAUCUUUGCAGGUGCUUUUGAUCACUAUAAACUAGGUUGUUGCAUGGUUUCGGGAUAAUAAUCAUAGUUCCAAGUAUCAUGCGUUAUUGAUCUUAGAUGAAAGUAGGGUAAUUGUUAUCCUUAAUGUUACUCAAGACUUGUACAUGUGCCUGUCAAUUUGAUAUCAAGAGUUUCAGCAUGGCUUUGAAUAAAACUUGAGUUCACAACAGUGGUAGUGCAGUCAUGUUCAAAUUAGUUUUCAAAAUUCUAAAUUUUCUGUACUUUUCACAUUACCAGUACACCCAUCACCAGAACACUCUGGGAUUACUGUUCUUUAAACCACCGUUUAGGUUUAUCUGAUAUCUUGUAAAUUUGUAGAUUGUUUUAGAUCUUAGACUUAAAUUAUUGCAUCAUUGUUUUACUGUUUUGUCUAUAAAGUUCCGCAAAGUUUACAUUCCUAUAAUAUUCUUUAGUUCAAAGCAAAUUUCAGUGCACUUUCUUUUAUUCUAAGUUUUUCUACAGUUUCUAACUUUUUCACAAUAUAAUAAAAGAUUUUUUUUGGAAGCCCUGGUCUCAUGAAUUGUUUCAAGUUGCAACUGUUCAAGCAGUGAUUGAAGGGAAUGGAAACAGUGAUUUACAGUAUGAUAUGGCAGGAGUUGACUAUGACUCUGCCAUUUGUCAUAGGUUUGACUAGUGUUAAGUAGUGCUCUCACAAGAGUUUGUAAGCUAAUAGUUAGACACUUUACAGCUUUGCCAUAUCACAUUCAAACAAUGCUAAAAACAGAAGCAUGGAUGAAUGUGGUACCAAAUAAUAGCUUAAAUGCUUCAGAGGUGAAAUAUGUAGUGAACAGAAAGCUGAAAAUUUUUUACUUAACACCACUAUGUUGUGGAGCAUUUUGAUUGUUAUUGCUUCUAUUUAUGAGUUUGAAGUGCAUUGAAAAUAUUAGUUUUCUUUUCUAUUCAUUUAAACAAUAAAUAAAAUAGAUGACUGCAAUGGUAAGAAUUUUGAUGUUAGUAUAAUCACUGGUAUUUUUUCAAAAGUGUGCUCUGAACAGUUACCUAUGUUUUAUUGUAGUAUAAUCACUGGUACUUUUUUCAAAAGUGUGUGUGUAUUUGGUCUUAUUUUUAAGUAAAUAUAGUAAAAAAAAAAUUAGUUUAGAUUUUUAAAACAAGUUGUGAAUAUAUUGCUUGUCAAUACAUUGCAAACAUAAUUUGAUUUGUAUGUUGCUUUUGAAUUGUGUUCCGAGGAAAAUAUGUAGAUAUAUGAUGUUUAUGUAUUUGUGUGCUGCUUCAGUUUUAAGUAUUAAUCUCUCAGUGAUGUUUGAUGAUAAACUCCUGUAAAUCGAUGUUGCUGCAACAAGUGAGCAGUUAUUCAAUAUGUAGUUUGCAUUUCUUUUUUUUUUUUACUGUAAGUUUUGCCAAUGCCACUUUGUAUUACGAAGUUUUAUUAAAAUGGCAGGGGUAGACUACAGCAUAUCACCAGGUGCUUACAAAAACCUAACUUGUUGGCAGAGUUAAAUCGAACUUGCAGUGUUUUAUCGCAUUAUCACACAUUUUUUAGGGUGUAAAAAUUUGGAAAAAAAAAAAUCACAUGUCACAUGAUGUUUUUGGUCCCACUAUUAGAUCCUGAGCGCUUUGUUCAGGUAGUAAACAUGGCCUUGCCAAAGAUCACCGUGCUACAGCAAUCUGUUUUCAAGUUGCUGUCAGGCAGUGUGGUUGUUAUAAUGGAAAAAUACAGUAAUUACAGUUACAGCAAAACUUGUUUCAGAUGUAAGUUAUUUUUUCCUAUGUAAGAUGCUGCGUAUAACUUCUUUCUUGUAUAAGAGAUAUAUGUAUUUUAAAGUUGAAAUCCACUAUUCGUUUCAAUAUCACCACUUAUUUAAUGAACAGGAACGUGAUGUGUAAAUUUUCUUUUAAAGACUUUCCAAACAUUUAUAACCUUAAUCUUUUCAUCACCACUGUGUAGCGCUUAAAAAAAGGAACCAGCGCUAGUUGGCAUUAUUCAUGUCUGCUUGCACAUGAUGUCCGUAUAGAGUGCGCGCAUGUAUUCGAACAUUGAUAUCUCGCCGAUUGCAUGCAACACACUGUCUCCAGCCGAGUAAACUACAUUGAAUAGUCUACACUCUUUCAUGGUUAGUAUGUAUGACAAUAAUUAUGGUCAUGGAUGCACUACGUUUGUUCUGGCUGAUGUGCGAAACACAGUUUUAGUUUAUCUAUUUGGUGUGCUUUUGUAUACUCUGCUUAUUAAUUAAAUGUACUUUCCAUGCAA